GGGGCGUGGCCCAGUCGGGGUGUCCCGGGAGCAGCACGUGGAGGCUGCCGCUGUCCGUCUGCUCGUGCCGCGGGGCUGGGAGUCGCGCGCCGCCGCCGCCGCCAUGCAAGAGCCGGAGCAGCCCGACGGGGGGGCCUCGGGCGACCCCGAGUGGAACAUCCCGCCCAACGCGCCCGCCUGCAUGGAGCGCCACCUGGACGGGGCCCACUACCGCCCAGAUGGAGCUCUUCUCCUGGGUGCUUCUAGCUUGAGUGGACGUUGCUGGGUGGGUUCCAUUUGGGUAUUUAAGGAUCCAGAACGGGCCCCUAAUGAAGGCUUUUGCUCUGCUGGGGUUCAGACGGAAGCAGGCGUAGCGGAUCUGAAAUGGGUAGCGGAUAAAGGAAUACUAGUGGCCUCAGAUUCUGGUGCUGUGGAGCUCUGGGAGUUGGAUGAGAACGAAACUCUAAUAGUGAACAAGUUUUGUAAAUAUGAGCAUGACGACAUUGUGACAACAGUGAGCGUUUUCACUAACGCCACUCAGGCGGUUAGUGGCAGCAAAGACUUCUGCGUGAAGGUUUGGGACAUCCCACAGCAAACAGUGCUGCACUCUUACAGAGCUCAUUCCAGCCCAGUGACAUGUGUGGCCUCUUGUCCUGGUAAGGAUACCGUGUUCCUGUCCUGUGCUGAGGAUGACAGAAUUUUACUGUGGGAUACCAGAUGCCCCAAACCAGCUACUCGAAUUGUUUGCAGUGCCUCUGCUUACCUCCCUACCUCAGUUAUGUGGCAUCCAGAGCAAAGUGACACAUUUGUUUUGGGUGAUGAAAAUGGGACAGUUGCUCUUGUAGACACGAAGAACCCAGACUCCGCUCUAAGUUCAGCUGUGCACUCCCAAACCAUCACUGGGUUUGCAUUUUCUACACACAGUUCGCCCCUUCUGGCUUCAAUUAGUGAAGACUGCUCGGUAGCUGUUCUUGACUCUAGCCUUUCAGAGGUUUUCAGAAGUCGCUCUCAUCGAGACUUUGUGAGAGGCCUAUCGUGGUCUCCCUUGAACAAGGCCUUGCUCUCUACAGUUGGAUGGGACCAUCAAGUUUUACAUCACACAGUUCCAACACAGACUACUGAAGCUGCUGGGAGCAACAGUGUACAUGACUAGUUUUAUAAACUCACUGGUCCAGAUUUAUCCCCGGUAUAACUCCACAUGUUAUGCACCAGGGAUGUAUAUGGCCCAUUGCCUGUCUCAGAACUUAUGGCUUGCAACCAAGAAGGCAGGUCCUGUAGCAACUUUGCAUUAGGCACGAGCUAAUUACAAAAACAGCCCCUUGAUGUAGAGUCCAGAUUCACCUGUGAUAAAGCUUUAACAUGUUGCACCAGAGAAUGCUGAUUUCAGGCACAAGGAAUUGCAGGGAAGUGGGCAAUUAGGUAAAAAUAAAUAAAUAAAACCAUAAAGGGUUUGGCUUUUAUUCUUCUUGGCAUAUCAAACCACUUACAGAAGUAGCAGAAUAGAAUUCUCCUGCCAGUUAAAAAGUUUGGCAGUCUUGUGGGGGCCUUGCCUGAGUUGGGAUUAUGGAACAAUGAGAUUAAGAGCAAGGUAAAUUAACCCUGACAGAUGAACAGGAAACCUUGGUUCAAUAUUUAUAGCACAGAAAGGCUCCACCAUUACUGUCAUUCAUGCAACCUCCGGUGCAGUUAGGGAUGCUCUAUCUUACCUCUGAGUGUGUGAAUCCCAUACGCAGGCACAGAAUCUGCUAGUCUGUACUUCUGUCCUGUGAAUGGACAUCUGAACGUUCAGAUAGUCAAUAAGAGAGAAGAUGGAGAUCUGUGCUGUUCAGCAGGAAUGCCAAGCGCAGCUCCCACAGUGUCCAGUGCAGCCUUUGAGUGCUUUCAUGGUGAAGUAUUAUCUAGGGAGAACUAUGAUCUGGGCUCUCCAGGAUGUGUGUCUGCGUCAAAGAUGUUUGUAGUUUAGUUGGCUGCAUUAUAUUUGACACUAAGGGCACGUCUACACCCUCCGGAGCGAUCAAUCCAGCAGGGGUCGAUUUAUCGCGUCUAGUGAAGACGCGAUAAAUCAACCACCGAGCGCUCUCCCCUUAGACUCCGGUACUCCAGCUGGGCGAGAAGCGUAGGCGGAGUCGACAGGGGAGUGUCAGCCGUUGACUUAGCGCAGUGAAGACACUGCGGUAAGUAGAUCUAAAUACAUCGACUUGAGCUACGUUAUUCACAUAGCUGAAGUUGUGUAACUUAGAUCGAUUUUCCCCUCUUCCCACUCCCAGUGUAGGCCAGGCCUCAGUGGAGCCCUGAAGCCACAGCAAGUUACCACUGGGGCUUUCCCAGGGUCAAAACUUCAGCUUCCUUGCUUUGCAGAUACUUCACUUAAAGGAUUGAAGAGAUGAAGAAAGCUGAGGGGAAGAGCUCCCUUGUUACAGCUUGGAGUCAGAGUGAAGAUUUGGAAAGCUCAAAUUACUUGUUUCUCUUUUGAAAGUCACUAACCAGCUGCUGCCGGUAGCUUUUCAUAAAAGGGUGACUUCUGUUGUACUACUUAUGUUAAGUGGCUUUUUGUGCUGGAGAGCGGGGCAUACGCCCCAAAUUCCUAGUAUUGGCUUUGCUUGUCCUUUUAGUAUUUUUGUAACUUAUUGCAUAACGUUUUUAAAACCUGGCUGUUUCCCUUAAACUACAGUAUGGUUUUGAAAAACUCCACUGCUGCGUGUGUUGCCAGCUGCUGUUUGGAUAUUUUGUUCACCAUAUGGUUCCUGCCCCUACCUAUUCCUCUCCACAAUUUAAACAGGCCAUCUAUUAUGAGGCAAAUAGACAGAAAGUACCUGAUUGGAAGCCACUUCCCUUCUUCUUAGUCUGUAACAUGCUGUUCUGUAUGAGCCAAGAAAGCAAAAUGAAGGAUAAUGUUAUCAUCAUCUGAUCUCCUAUACAGAUUAUAUCAUAGCAGACCCAAAUUGUGCAGUGCCCACAGUUAAUUUGCAGGCAGGUAGAUUAAGUUUCCCUGUGUAUUUUUUUUUCAUUUGUUCAUUUAAAACUAACUUGGCUCUCGUGAAUUCCAACAUAGUGAAAUGUUUCACAGAGAACACAUGCUGAUCCGGUUCAGUGCAGUGUAUUCAAAAGUGAAAGUUAUAAAAGCAGACACCUUUCUUAAGAGCUAUUUUAAAAUAAAAGAAGAGAAAAAACCUUG